CCCGCGCCGGCCACCGCCUGUCUGGGCGCCGCGCUCCUGGUCCUGGGCGCUGCGCUCCGCGCCCUGCUCCCCGCAUCUGGAAACAGGGCUCUGGUGUCCGGCUGGCUCAGCGGGGAGAGGAAGAGUCCCCUGCAGACACUGUAUGACCUGGACCAGGACCCGCACUCCGCCCUGGCUGGGCUGCACCGGCAGCGACGCUACCAGCUGCGCCAGGCGUGUGCCCGCCACACGCGCCGGCAGCGCCUGCUGCAGCCCGAAGACCUGCGGCACGUGCUGGUUGACGACGCGCACGGCCUGCUGUACUGUUACGUGCCCAAGGUGGCCUGUACCAACUGGAAGCGCGUGCUGCUGGCGCUGAGCGGCGGCGGCCCCCGCGACCCCCUCGCCAUCCCCGCGCACGAAGCGCACGCGCCGGGACGUCUGCCCUCGCUGGCCGACUUCAGCCCCGCGGAGAUCAACCGGCGUCUGCGCGCCUACCUGGCCUUCCUCUUCGUGCGCGACCCCUUCGAGCGCCUGGCGUCCGCCUACCGCAACAAGUUCGCGCGGCCCUACAGCGCGGCGUUCCAGCGGCGCUACGGCACGCGCAUCGUGCGGCGCCUGCGGCCGGGCGCACACCCCGACGCGCUGGCCCGCGGGCACGACGUGCGCUUCGCCGAGUUCCUGGCCUACCUGCUGGACCCGCGCACGCGCCGCGACGAGCCUUUCAACGAGCACUGGGAGCGUGCCCACGCGCUCUGCCACCCGUGCCGCCUUCGCUACGACGUCGUGGGCAAGUUCGAGACGCUGGCCGAGGACGCGGCCUUCGUGCUGGGCCUGGUGGGGGCCUCUGGGCUGCGCUUCCCGGCUCCGCCGCGGGCCCGGGCGCCCAACGCCCGCGACCAGGCCUCGAGCCUCUUCCAGGACAUCAGCGCCUUCUACCAAAGGCGCCUGUACGAGCUCUACAGGAUGGACUUCCUGCUCUUCAACUACUCCAUCCCCACCUACCUGCGGCUGCACUAGGCCCAGAGGU